AUGCGCGCCCUUGCUCUCCUCCCCUUUUUCGCCAGCGCUGCUCUAGGCAGCUGGACUCUUGCCUUCUACACCGACGAGGGCUGUAGGCGAUUCUCCAGCUUCAUUCAUGGACCGUUGCAUGGCUGGGCGGCUGUGCUGUACAACGGCGAGGACUGCACCGGCGACUCGACCACUCAGACCUUUACCGGUAGCUCGUGCGCCCAUGCUAAUUGGUACCUCCGAGUGCCGCAGAACUACAAAUCAUUCAAGACCAACCGAGCACUCGGGAACCCCCGUCGGAGGACAAUACUCAAAGUUCACGCAAUCGCCCGACGCCAGGGCACACUGCUUGCCGUUGAAGACCUGGCCGGGGGCACACACCGGGGGCUCGAUGGCAACACACUCCCUGGCCUUCUUGCUGAAGACCGUGCCCGGCUGACAGACGGGCUCCUUCUCCGCCACGCACUUCUUCCCGUUGAACCGCAUCCCCGGCGGGCAGGUCGGCUCCUCCGGGGACGCGCACUCCUCGCCGUCGAACGCCAGCCCCUCGUCGCACGCGGGCACGGACCCCACGCAGUUCGCGCCGUCGAAGGUGUAGCCCGGCUCGCAGUCCAGGCUGACGAGGCUGAGGCAGCGCCCGUUUGUCUACUUGUGGUCGGGCGGGCACUCUGGGUCCUUGGGGCUGACGCACUGCUUGCCGUCGAAGACGGUGCCCUUGAGACAGGUGGGGACGCUGGUGACGCAGUCGCCGGCGCCGUUGGGGACGGCGCCGGAGGGGCAGGACGGGGUGCUGGUCGAGACGCAGCGGGUGCCGUCGAAGGUGGUGUCCUCCGGGCAGCUGGGGAAGUGGCCCGAGGGGCAGUCCUCGCCGUCAAAGGUGGUGGCGUCGUCCGGGCACGUGGGGUGGCCGGCUCGUGGACGAGCACCCAGUCCCAAUGCUACUUGCUCGCGAGCAAAGGGUACACGCGGUACAGCGGCAGCUCCGGGUUCCUCAUUCUCGAGAAGACGACCGAUGAGCCGGAGGAACCGGAUCGGGGAAGGGACUGCCAGGAUCUGGUUGAUGCCGAGAAGGAUAAGCUCCGAGAGGAGGGGGCAGAGGCUCUGCGCGAGUGCCAGAAGCAGAAGGAUGCCGCUGUUGCAGAGUCCAAGACGCAGUCGCAGAAAGAUCGCGAGCAGUGCGAGAAGGACAAGUCAGGACUGCAGCAGCUUCUCAAGGCCUGCCAGGACAAGGAGCAGUCGAAGAAGCCUGUCGACACGGCCGCAGCUCAAGACCCCAAGUGCCAGGACAACAGCUGGCAGAACAUGUGCAACGGCGUCUGCGGGCAGGAUACCUUCACCCUCGCCGGGGUGGAGUUCCAGAAGCGAUGCUUCGUGCGGACUGGCAUGGGACGGGAGGUGCAAGUCUACCACCGCUUGUCGCUUCUGGAGUGCCUGGAGAAGGACUGCGCACCCAACAGCAACUGUCUGGGUGUGGGAUGGAGACCACAUGAGGUUGGGCAUUGCCAUGUCCACAUGAGCACGGGCAAUGGCCUUCGCACCUGGCCCCAUCCAGGCGAGCAUCUGAUCUACGCAAAGGAUCGAGUUACGCCAUUAUCAAUUGCAAAAUAUCGCUCCUGCUGGCUACCUUUGCUGGAUAACAUGGGUAUCACGCACUACAUUGCCCUUGGCCUGUUGCACGCUGGCCUAGGACUAGCCGGCACUGGUCCUUUAUAUGUCCCUCUCACCUACAGCGACCACGGAGCAUCUCAGGCAGUGUGUAAUGGUACGACAUUCACCCUGUCCUCCAACGGCACUACCCCGGCCAUCAUUGUCCUGGACUACGGAAGGGAUGUCGAGGGCUAUGGAACGUUUCAGGUUGCCCGAAGAUCCGGAAAUACGUCUGUGUUCGAGAUGAGCUAUAGCGAGACCCGUGCCUUGUUGGAUACUUAUAUGGCUGAUGGCCCCCUCCCGCUGGCUGCGGCCAUGGACACCUAUCGCAUCAACCGCUACAACAUCACAGAGGAAAAGACCUACACGAACCGUCUGAUCCAGGGUGCGCUGCGAUACCAGAAGUUGAAUCUUUCGAGUGCCGGAGAGCUGGAGCUUACCAUGGUUGGCUUUACGCCGACUGUAGACGACACUCCCCUGUCUGAGCUCCCCGGGUCUUUCAACUGCUCGGACCCAGUGUUGAACCGCAUCUGGGCAAUGGGAGCCCGCACUGUACAGCUGAACGAGUUUCCUGCUGCGUCUCUUCCAGAGUUCUGGACCAUUACCGAUGAAGGCGCCCUCGUCGAGAGCCUCGCGCCUCAACCGUUUGCAGCGGACUAUGCCGCGACGAUGACGGCUUACGAGGUCGACUUCGCCGUGAAGCCGAUCGCGAACGGCUUUGGCUUUACGGUGCUGAGCGACACCCUCGGCAAUGGCGUCUACACCUUUGUUGACGUUGCCAACGCAGCAAUCUCUGCGCACGCAGGGUCAUCAGAGCUGGGGACUCCACUGACUUCGGCUGCUCUGCCGCCGUCGAUUACCCUCAAUAGAUGGCAUAGAGUCCGGGCCGCUGUCAAUGUGACUCAGGUUUCAGUCGAGAUCGACGGAGUCGCUCUGCUUGACUUUUCGCAGACGUCCGCAUUCUACGGCUCAUUCGGGCUCGGUGCAUCCUUGGGCCACACCGCCGUCUUCACCAAUGUCUCGCUGACGGCAUUUGGUGCGCAAAUGUACGCGUCGUCACUGUCUGACAAGUCCGCCCUCAAGGACUUCCUGCUCGGCACGAAUCCACUGCCGGUCAGCGUUGAUGGCUCCCGUCGAGAUCGCAUCGCCUACGCGGGAGACCUGGACAUCACGGCCGGCGCCGCAUUUGCCAGCACCAACGGAACAGAGUACAUCAACGGGUCGAUUGCACUCCUGGGCUCCAUGCAGAUGCUGCCUGGUUUCUUUGUGCCCAACGCCAAGGUUCAGCAGGAGCCGCGGACCGAGGCCAUCCCAGGGAACCUCACGGGCCUGAUCGGGUACUCCUUCAGCCUGGCCAGUGCCAUGGCUCAGUACUACGAGCAGACCGGUGAUGAUGCGUUUCUGAAGCACUGGGCCCCCAGAGUCGCCCGGCUGUUCGACUGGGCACACUCCCAGACCCUCCCCAGCGGGCUAUUCAACAUCUCCGACGUGGCCCUGGGCGGCGACUGGAACUACUACGAUCCUCCCCUGAGCGGAGCUAUCUCCAAGUUCAAUUUGAUUUACGUUUACGCGCUGAAGCAGUGGCUGCCCUACCUGGCCGACGGAGGCUUGGACAACACCACAUACGCACACCGGCUCCAUUCCCUGCAAGAAUCCAUCCGCGCCAACCUCUGGAGCGACCAGCUCCACGCCUUCUACCUCGCCGACUCCCACCCAGCCUUCUUCUCCCAGGAAGCCAACGCGCUCGCCAUCCUCACCGACACCGUCCCCCCAACCGGAACACCCUCGGCACGGACCCUCCUCUCCAGCAUGGCUCGCCUAUACGUCCCCGCCGGAGCCCUCGCCUUCUCCCCCGGCAGCGCCGCAAGCGGCUGGGCACAGAAGAUCAGCCCCUACGCCUCGGGGUACCAUCUCCAGGCGGCGUUCCACGCGCACGACGCCGCCACCGCCACCCACCUCCUGCACACCCUCUGGGGCCCCAUGAGCGACCCCGCCCACGCAAACUACACCGGCUGCACCUGGGAGACGCUGGACCCCACCGGCCGGCCCGGCCUCGGCGCCGCGACCUCGCUCUGCCACGCCUGGGGCGCGGCCCCCACGGCCGAGCUGAGUCGUCACGUCCUCGGUAUCCGGGCCGCGGCGCCCGGCUUCGCGCGCUGGACGGUCCGCCCGCUUACCCUUGGUCUGCGGUGGGCGCGCGGACGGCAUCCCGUCCCGCGGGGCGCGAUCCACGUGGACUGGUCGUUUGAUGCGGAGGGUUUGCUGGCCAUGAGGGUGAGCGCCCCGGCUGGGACCGGCGGGAUUGCUGUGUCUUCUACACAUCUGACGCUGCCGACGGACUUUCGGGGUUAA